GCCGCAGUUCUACUCUUCUGCGCUCGCGAGUCGCGACUAUUGGAUCGGACUGCAGCUAGUGGACACACAUACAUUACAUAUAACCACGCAUAUAAUUACUAUACAUCCUCGUCGAGGUUUGUUUUCCUUUCCCAGAUCUGCAGAAUCGGAGAAAAUAUGACGGAAGAGUCCCAACAAUCCACUGAAACGUCAACCACGACCCAACAAACUGAUCAAAAUGCUUCGAAUACCACUACGGAAAUCGGCAAAACCAAGGAAGGAAAGAAGGAAAAAUGCCGACCCAUGACUAAGGUUGUUAUUAGGAGGUUACCCCCAAGCAUGACGCAGGAGCAGUUUUUGGAGCAAGUUUCUCCACUACCAGAAUAUGAUUACAUGUAUUUUGCUAAAGCAGACAUGUCGUUGGGUCAGUACGCUUUCUCCAGAUCUUACAUAGAUUUUGUAGAUCCACAGGACAUUUUUGCCUUUCGGGAGAAGUUCGACAACUAUGUCUUUGUGGAUGCAAAAGGUACAGAGUACCCGGCUGUGGUGGAAUAUGCUCCUUUCCAAAGAGUACCAAAGAAGCGAGUUGGCAAAAAGAAAGAUCUCAAAUGUGGAACUAUUGAGAGUGAUCCAUACUACAUAAGUUUUCUGGAAAGUUUAAAGAAUCAAGAGGUUGAUUCUGCAAAUGCUCAGCCAAAGACUGAAUACUCUUUUCAACCAUCUGAUCAUGCGCCUAAAAAGGUUACUACAACACCACUUUUAGAUUUCUUAAAGCAGAGGAAGCAAGAAAAACAACGUUUGAGAGAUGAGAAGCGAGAAGAGAAACGCAGAAGAGAUAUAGAGAGAAAGAGAAGUAAAGACGAACCUAUGGUUUCAAAAGUGUUGAAAAAUAUGGAAGACCGGGAAACAAGAGACAAGGAUAGCAUAGUAAACAGAGAAAAUAAAGAGAAUAAAGAUGACAAGGAAAAGACCGUACAUAAAGACGUCAAAAAUAGGAACAAAAAAGAAGAAAAAUACAGAGACAAGAUGGGCCGAGAUGUCAAAGUUCCUGCAAAAAAUUUCAGAGAAGAUCGAAUCAAGGAUAAAGAGGUAAAACAGAGCAAGAAACUCGAGGAUAAAAAGUUUUAUAACAAAAAAGACGAAAGUCAUGCGAAAGAAGAUCGUGUCCACGAGAAAGAAGAAAGCGCUUCUCAUAAAGAAAAGAAACUUGAGGAGAAAAGAGGCAAAAGUUAUGAGAAAAUGCGGCUAGAGAAAAAGAGAUUGGCAGAAAUACAGAAGAAGCAAAAUAUUGAGCAAACUUUAGAAGAACUCGAUUAUGAUAACGUCAAUGACAAAUGUGAUGAAGAUUACGAAGAUGCUGGUAUGUCAAUUUUAAUAGAAAAAGGUGAGAGUGAAAACAGAUCCAAACACAGAAAUAAAAAGUCUGGAGAAGUCACUAAAUUUGACGAGGCAAAAGCUCAAGCGGAACAACAGAAUGAUUCAUCUAGAAAAACUAAGAAUGAUUUGGACCAAAGCCAAGAUACAAAACAAUCAAUCGACAAUAAACUUCAGGAAAUCUGCGAACGUCUCUCCCAGUCUACUCUCGAAACCAAUGAUACGAAAAAAAGUCCUGUAAAGUCAAGAAUAGCUAAGCGAAGAAGUUCACUUGAAAGUGGAGGAGAUAACGGAUCUGGGGUAAAUGUAGGUGGAAGCGGUGGCAAAGGUAGCGGAAGUGGUGACGAUAGUAGGGAUCAUGAUGGCGCGUGCCUCAGACGGCACAAGUCACUCGAUGGAGGCAAUGACAAUAACUUGCAGAAGAAUGGAGGCGACGAAAAAGAGAAAGACAAAAAAGAUCCGCGCUUAGAACGAAGAAUUAGAAACAAGGACCGACCAGCAAUGGAGAUAUACAGGCCGGGAAUGGGCAAAUUUAGCAAGCAGCGAAUGGAGCGAGAGAAGGGAAACGAAGAGCGUGUAACGCCUUCUCAAAGCCCGACGCCGACAUCCGGAAACCCGAAUUCAUACAAAUCCGGUAAACCAAACGGUUCCGAAGUUCGCUCCAUGACGUUCAAGAGGAGCGUCAGCCGCGACAUGUAGUGUUAGUUGAUCCGACCAAGUGACAAACAUUUGCAUGAAGUGUGUACUUGGUCUGGUGAAUUGGAGUAGUUUAUUUGUUUUGAGCGUGACAAACUGUGUAAGUUUUCACAUUUAAUCGUGAUAUUUCCGAUGUUCGAGUUAUGAGAAAACUCUUUCCCAUUGUUUCAGAUUUUUAAAUGAACGCUUAUCGAUGCGAAAUUGAUUUUAGAUACGUGUUUGAGGAGGAGGAAGUAGAAAUAAAAAUGUGCGUACGUAAAUACA